AUGGUUCUCCAACAGCCGGACGGAUAUCCUCCAUCUCCGCUUGAAAUCAACCCUUUGGAUAAGCCCCACCUUGACUGUGAUUGGCCAUUGGGCAAGAAGUCUGCUGCUGGUGUGGUAGAAAUUUCAUCACGGGAAACACUUGAGACACUCAAUCAAUUGGAUGACAAGUACCGGAUGACAAACAAGGAGCUUUGGGCAUAUCACUGUUACUACAUUGGCGACAACGGACUCACAAUGUUCAAUUGUGCUCCUACCGCUUUUCAGAACCUCGUACUUUGGGACAUGAAACCAAACAUCCUCAUUAGCCUAUCCACCGUCGAUUUUGGUAUUGAAUUCGGCCGGUUAGAGAUUCAUACUAAGGAGGAUUGGCAAAUUGGUAUAUAUCGUUGGGUCAAUCGCAUACCAAACGAGUAUUACUUCUGGACCGCCGCGUUCCCUGGCCUCGUAAGGAAUACAGAUGUACGAAACAAAGCUAAGCAGUUAGCUGGUGGUACUAUAACCCGGGAGGAGUACGAGUUUGUGGACAUGAUGAAAAUGAAUAAGAGCUUUAAACCCGCCUUCCAUAUCCAAUUCAUUGUUCAGAUUAUCAUUUUCGCCAUUAUUCUUAGCAUUAUCUUCAGCCUCUGUGUCGAUAGUAGUGCAGAGAACAAUAAUUGGGGCCUGUCGGUUAUUGUCGCUUUCGUGACUAGAGUUUGGGUGCUAUGCGCGAUCCCGUGGGUUGUACUUGAUGAACGAAGACUUGACCAAGAUCUAGAAAGUAAAUGUUGUAUUGGCAGCUGCGCCAAAGGUUAG